CCUCUCAUGCAAGUCCUGUAUUCGUUUGUUUUUACGUUAAAUUAUUAUUUUGUACCAAAUGUUGAGUCCGACGGCAAGCAAGUGAUUGCAUGCAAUCAACGGACUUCUUCCGAAACAAGUGCUCAAAAUUUUAUCAAACUUUUCGAAGAUUUUGUUGAAAAUAAGACUAUUUCUCAAGAUUUUGAGAAUGAAAACGAAGAUACGAUUAGUGAUAAUGAAGAAGAAUGUGAUGAUAAGGAGAACACGACAGGACAUGAGAAGAAAAAAGUGCCAUUUUAUGUACCAUUAAUUGAAAAGAUAUGCGAUCGUUGUGUUCAUAUAAUUUCCAACAUUGACCCCAAAGUCAGACUCAUUGUAUUGGAUAUUGUGGUCCAAUGUCUGCGCAUUUUGAAACCAUUUGAAGACCAUUUGCUUCCAAUGGCUCACAAGUUGUGGUCACCUCUUGUCGAGAGGUUCACAGAUAAGGACGUGAUUGUGACGAAGCGCUCGUUUGCUUGCUUACAAGUGAUGUCUGAAAUCUGUGGUGAUUUCAUACGCGUGCGAACUCUCAAAGAAGUGAUUCCCAAGAUUUUAGCCUUUUUGAGAUCACAGGCGCUGAUCAGCUUCAAGAAAGACAAGGCCUCUGCCUAUAGGUUUACGAUCGCUUAUCAGUUCCAGAUUGAUAUACUUUGUGGCAUCGGUUCCAUUGCCGUGAAUCUCGGUUUGCGUGACAAAGACUUGUGGCCAUUGAUUGUCGAAAUAAUGCCAUACCUGCAUACAUACCAACCCCUUCCACUCCAAGAGUCAGCUAUUAACGCAUUGAAAGAGAUCUCUAAAUUAGACGCCAAUUCAUUCCGAUAG